AUUAAUAUGCAAACAAAUCCUAUUUGUCCAUAACCAGAGGCAUAAUAUUUAGAUAAUUAUGAAAAUUUUGAAGAAGUAACUAAAACAUUUAAAUGUCUUCAAAAUAUUCAUCAACCCCUUGAACAAGAAGCAACUUAUUUUUUGAUACGUGCUCCAACUAAAGAUAAUGUUCAUCGUGCUAUUAAAUAUGGUAUUUGGACUAGGUAGUUAUAUAAUAAAUUCUUUAGUUCAAGUCGUAAUAAUUAGAAAUUAAAUGAUGCGACUCGUCCUGUUUAUUUAUUAUUUAAUGUUACCUAAACAUCCCAUUUUAUAGGUUUGGCUAAAAUUGUUAGUAAUUUUAGAGAAAAUAUGCAUUUUAUGUAUUGGGCAGAGGAGAAUAAAUGGUUUGGAUCAUUUCAAAUUGAAUGGGUAAUAAUCCUAUAAACAAAAGGUUUUCGUAAGAGAUUUACCAUAUAGCGAAUUAAGUUCAAUUCAAUAAUCAAGUGGAAAGUGUAUUCACGAAUUGAUUGAUUGUACUUAAAUUGAAAAUGGAGAUAUUAUCUAUUCUGCCUUUCAAAAUUAACCUUAAAAAAGCUGUAUGUUAAAGACUUUUAAAGAAUUAGAUAAUUCAGAAGUAAUUUAUAUUAUUUAUAUUUUUUUAGAAAAGAAAGAGAAAUGAAAGAGAUUCUAAUCCAAAUUUUGCCAUCUAGUUUUAAGAAUAUAUUAGUGUAUUUGAAUCUAUGCCAUUCACUUUCUCUGUUGCCUCUUAUUAAAGAAGAAAAUAGUAAUAGUUUCAAAAUCAAUAUUAUUAAUAAUGUGCAUAUUAUUAUUAAAGUCCUUGGUAUGGAGUUGGUAUAUUUUACUAUAAUUAUAGCCUAACCUACAUUUUGGAAUUAAUAGCAACAAUUACAAUAAUAGUCAUUACCAUAAUAAUAGUAAUAAUAAUAAUAAUAAUUUCAAUAACAGCAAUAAUAAACUUCUAAUAACCCUGGUUUUUAUUAGACUUCCAAUUACAAUAGACCUUAGACAUAAAAUCAUUAAAACAACAAAUUUUAACAAAAGAAAUAAUUAAAUAAUAAAAAUAAUAAUUAACAGAGUCCAAAAAAAUAAUGA